UGAAAUUUUAUUUAUUUUGCGCAAAUAUGGACAAAAAGUUACCAAAUAUCGUUUGUGGAGAAGCUUCCGAAACAGACGAUGAUGGAGAAGACAUGUGUGGUAAGAUAAUACCCAUAAAUGGUGGCCCGGAUGAUCCACCACCAAUUAGCAUCAACACAACUGUCUCUUCUCAGUGUCAGCAGCUGUUGGCAUAUGGCGAAGAAGCUACCGAUCAGUCUACUGUAUCUGAGGAACAUCUUGAACGAUGGCGACUGCGUCGAAUAAUCAAUGAGCGAUGCGUUUCUCUUUUGAACGAGUUCAUCCACACGGCGGCUGUUUCCGUCUCGAAGCAAUUGGAUGAAACCGAUAAUUUAUUGAUGAAAUCUCAGGUGGUAUUGCAAAACACGACAUGUGCUGUGAAAAAAAUCAAUGAGACAACAGAGCUAAUGGCGUCUAAACUUCAAGGUGCACUUUCUUUUAACUUUAUCCCACAAAUCAACGUUAAGCUGCAUGUGUAGUUUUGCUCUCUGAUAAAUAAAUUUUAAAUAU